AUGGCCCAAACUAGUUCAAGAAGAUGGUCAAGAGCCGACAAUAUAAAAAAGGUUGAACGUGGGAUCUCUAGGGUUACCGUCAUUUCUCUUUUCUGCAGCCAAUCUGAGUUAGAAGUUACAAGAGAAUCUUUGAUCGAAAAGAUGAUUUACGAUGUCAACUCCGUUCUCUUCAAAUCCUUCUUGAGCUCGAAAUACUCUGCCGACAAAAGGAGAGGCGAGGACAAGCCAAGAGAACAGAAGCCCAAGGCCAGCGACAACAAGCCUGUGAUGAAUGAAUGAAUAGAUCUCUCUACUUUGUUAUGAUGUAACCUUUCUGUGUUCUAAAAACAUUUUCCGUUUCAAUGGUUCAUCUUUAGUUAUUUAUCUUUUGAUCGUAUCUAGUUUCUUUAUAUGUCUUUAUUCAAAUCGAAGAAAUCC